AUGGACCAUUCAUCGGCAGGCGGCACACCUUUAACCUACCAUGAAAUGGUCUUCGCAUCAGAACAAAACGACAUGGGACCGGACUUCCAUGCAGACCACCUGCUUCGUGAAUACGAGCAACACCAGGCUGAAUUCGACAGCUACUGCCAAGAUUUAUGGAAUUGGUUGCAGAAUGAGCUGAGGGUUUUAGCGCCUUGCUGCUAAACAAUGGUUGCUUUAUUAAGAAUCACUGAUUUCGAGUUCCACUGUUUUCUCGUGAUAGAUUGAACAUCUAAGUACAAAGACAUUAGCUAGCGCGAACAUAGACUUGUCGCGUAUUCAAACCCAGUCUUCUACAGACUCUGUUGUGAUGUUGUUGGUAGACCCCUCGGCGCCUUUUCUUCGAUACGGUAGAGGCCGGCGAGAUUUGAUUUCCGACUUAUGUGCGUACAUAAUAUGAAGGGUACCGCUUUCGUAGCGGAAUGUUCCGCUUCUGGGCGUUUCUAUAGGGUUGUUACUACUGUAGAC